GCCAUCGAUCGAUCCACCAACUCGCCGGUGCAAUCUUGUUUCGUUUGAUCACGCUCCGAGCUGCCUCAGAGUGUAAACAACCGCCACGCGUGCAGUCGACAUCGCCGGCCAUGGCGGACGACGACCAGAGCCAGCAGCCGCCGCGGUACUGGUUCCCGUACUGGAGCGGCGUCCCCCAGCCGCCGCCACCGUCCCGCCCAUCCCGGCCCCCGGUCCGCCCGCAGCUGUCCAGGCGUCUGUCCCCGCCGUCGCCGGCCGCAGCGCCGUCCUCGCCACGGCGGCCGUCCCCGUCUCAGAACCGCCAGCAGCCGACUACCACCACCGCGCCGACGAGAGGCGCCGUUCCUCCUUGUCCUCCGCAGAGUCAGGUGCCCCGCCCGUCCCCGUCUCGAUCCUCGCCGCUCGCGCCCAUCAGAGAGCCGGCGCCGGCGCCUCCGUCCAACAACUCCAACGUCGGCGGAGCUGCCGCGCCGGAACCGGCCAAGCCGCCUGCUAAGCCGGUAGUUCUGCUUCUGCCAGCUUUUCCUGAGGCUUCUCCUAGGCAGAAGGACGCCGCCGUCGUCCUCCCGCUGGUGAAGCCCAUCGCGCAAAUGCAACAGCCUGCUGCUUCUGAGAUCAAGGCGCACGGCGGCCACGGCAAGGCCGUAGAUAAAGAACACAAGCCGCAUCAUCAGAAGGAAGAGAAAGAGGAUAAGAAGGACGAGCACAAAAGCAAAGACAAGGAGAAAGAAAAGGAUCACAAAGAGAAGAAAGAUGAAACCAGGAAGGAGAAGGAGGUAAAGGACAAGGAGAAGAAGCACCAUGCCGGCGAGGACGGCAAACACAAGGAGGCCAAGGCCGAGCACGGGAAGCUGCACAGGGAGAUCAAGGCGGGCGUGGCCGACAUGGUGCACAAGGCCUCCGGCUCCGGGCACGCGGCGGGGCCAGGGACUAGCGUAAUCACGCUGGCCGGGGAGAACAAGGGCGCGUCCAUGAAAGUGGGCGGCGGCAAGAGCAAGAACGGUGGCGAGUGGCACGACCAUGGCUAUCGGCUUGACGGAGGUAGCGGCAGCGACGGGAAGAAGGCGGCCGGCAAGCCCGGGAUGAUGACGGCGCUGAUAAACAGCAACGUGCAGGUGAUCAACAACUCGCUGCUGCUGCAGAGUUCCUGCAACGGCGGGGACCCUGGCGUUCACCUCAAGCUCUCCGCCAAGUCCGCCAGCAAGGAGAAGCAGAAGCAUGCCCCCGGCGGUGACAAGGUUGCAGCUGCUGGAAAGAAGUGAUCGCCACCGGCGGCGCAUGUGAAGUCCUUCAUAUCAUGGUAUAUUGGAAGUAUAUACUAUAUGGGCAGAGAUGUAAAUAUCCAAAUAAAAAUGCAAUGUGCAUUACUGUGACACGGUGAGACCUAACCGCUCCAAA